AUGUGACUGGAGCUGCUUCCCUGCCAUGACUGAGAUGCAGACCCUCUAUCGCACCCUGCAUCAGCCCCCGAGCUUUUACCUGCGGCCCGCUGUGAUGCAGAGACAUGUUUUGGACGACCAGGUGGAGCUGUGGUGGUCCAGGCAGCCACGUCGCUCCUUGUUGUGCUACUGUGUCUCAGUUGUACUCAUAAUGGCUCUAGGUCUCGGCGGGGUGGGUCUGCUAUCCACGUCCACCAGCCUGUCCGGAGAGUGGCGACUCGGAGUAGGGACCACUCUCUGCCUUCUGGCGCUGGCUGUUUUGCUGAAGCAGCUCCUCAGCUCUGCGAUCCAAGACAUGAACUGCGUGCGCAGUCGGCGUAGAAUCGAACAGCUGAAGAGUGGAGGGAGGGCCGACCCGGCGUUGAUCCUGACCGUGGGGUUAGCAGUGAUGAUCUGUGGGACGGCGCUGAUCUGCGUCGCCACCGUCGGCCGCGAAAGUCACGACGGAAGAGACAUGUUGGUCUCCGGUCUUCUGCUUUUGGCUGGCGGAUCUGUCAUGGCUCUGUCUGUCGGUGGUUACAGUGCGUUGGAAUACCUGAAGUGGAGAAGAGAGCAGAGGAGGAGGAGGACGACGAUGGUGAUAAUCAGCAGAUCGAGGCGUAUGGAAAACCGAGCUGUCGGGGUUUAUAACAUGGCACGAAGACAGACGACUCCAUCCAGGAGAGAGACAUUCUUGGCCAGAACUAGUCUUCUCUGAAUCCCUCAAAAGAGAAAAUUGGCAAAUUUGAACACAAUGUAACUUUUAGAUACCCACCUGAGGGUCGCGACCCACUCUUUGGGAAACAAUGACGUAGCACAUACACCGCUAAUACUAAAACAAUAGGGGCUGUAUACUGGCGGGCCAACUCUGGUACAUAUUUGGUAUGAUCUCGUGGGCCAAAUAUAAUUACACUGCGGGCCAGAUUUGGGCCCCGGGCCUGAGUUUGACACGUGUACAUUAUAUGUUGGGUACUGAGUAAAAUGCAUGAAACUGUAUAAUUCAUUUCUAGUAUCAGUAUUCAGUGUAUGGUCACUCCAACAACACACAUCCAUCCAUCCAUCCAUCCAUCCAACACACAAUAGAAUUAUAUUUA